AUGUACUCCGGCUGUCCGGCCGGUUUCCUUCGCACCGGCUCCGCCUGCGUGUACGGCUCCCAGAGACCGUCCACCUUCACCGAGGCGCAGGCGUCCUGUCGCAGUCUGAACUCUGAGCUGUACGAGCCGAGGGAGCCGGGCCUGCUGGCCGACGUCCGGGAACUGGUGGCUAAGGUGCACCCCACCGACCACUGGAUCGGCGUGCAGGAGAAGUACCCGGGAGACUACCGAUUCACGUCCGACAACGGGUCGCCUUUCUUCCUGCUCUUCUCUGAGACAGACGGCAGAGGUCCCCUCUCAGACAGUGACAGCCCCGGCACCUGUCUCAAGAUGGCGGCCGACGGCCAGCUAGUGCUGGCAGACUGCGACCAAGAGAACCACUUCAUCUGCUUACACAAACCCAGAGCGUUGUGCCCGCCCGGGUACAUCUCUUUCGGCCAGACGUCGGAGUGUCUCUACUUCAUGGAUCGACACAGCACGUCCCAGAGGGACGCGCAGAAGCGGUGCGCAGCCGUCGGAGGAGCGCUGGCAGAGUUCAGGGAGGAGAGUUUUCUCACCAACCUUCUGCAGUGGCGCGGAGACGACAACAAGAGGCUCUGGACGGGCAUCAGCGACCUCUCCGAGAACAACAUGUUCACCUCCCCGGACGGACUGGCACCAACACUGCUGCCCUGGGACACUGGAAUGGGCGCGUCAGCGACCCUCGGCUGCACCACCCUGCACACGGAAACUAACGAGAUGGCGGACGGGUCGUGCACCGCGGACCAGGCGGAUGGCUACAUGUGUCUCCACUCGUCAGAUCCAGCCAACUGUCCUGCCGGGUUUCUGCGUCUGCGAGGUCGCUGCUACUACUUCUCACCAACGACUGCCACCCAUGCCGGUGCCAGCGCGGCCUGCUCGAAGCUGGCCUCCUCUCUGGCACAGAUUGACUCGCGAGAUACAGCGAUCGCACUGGCUUCCACUGAUCUGUGGAAUCGACGCUCAUACAAAUGGCUGGUCAGCCCAGCUCUCAACAGCGAAACAGGCCUGUGGCAAAACUACGACGGAACAAUCGUGGGAGAGGAUCUGUGGGACACGCCACCCAGCGGCCAGGACUGCGCUAUCCUGGGGAGCUCAUCGGAUCAUCAACUUCUCUCGCCUGUGGCCUGCACGGCUACCUACAAAUACAUCUGCGAGUGGCAGCCCGAGCUGGUUGGCGACGCGGUACCAACAAUCGAUCCCGAGGGCGCCUGUUUUCUAGACGACCCUUACCCAAACGACCCAGACUUCAGAGUGUCUCCCGGAGACUACGAACCUACCCAGCUAAGCCCCGACAUCUGCAAGAUCCGCUGCCAGGCUCUCAAGUUCAUGUACGCAGGGGUGAAGAACGGAAUGUUCUGCCUCUGUAGCAGUGUUUUGCGCAUUGAGCGGGUAUCCGCCAGUCUGUGCUCUGUGCCCUGUACGGACGGCUCCGGUGAGACGUGUGGCGGAGAAGGAGAGUACGUGCAAGUGUAUCGCACAGGAGGCAAGGCUGACAUUGAAGGCGUCACUUUGGACGUGGUCGAGAAGUACGUCCAGCCGGUCGGCACACCGUUCACAUUCCAGGCGGCCUUCGAAUCCGGUGAACAGGUUCUCAUCUCAUACGACUUCGGUGACGGUUCUGACGCCACGAAGCCAAAGCCCGCCGAUGAGGCUACGACAGUCACCUACCAGUACCGAUUGCCCGGCACCUAUACGGUCACCGCCAUCUUCACCGAUGUACCGGGAGUGGCUAAGCCGCGAUACCAUCAGACCACCGUGACGGUGAGUGAAGAGGUCGGCCAGCUGGAGCUCGACUGUCCGGACCUGACUGAGCCGGGGGACGAGAUCAGCUGCCAGCUCUGGCUCACCACUGGCUCUCAGCUCAGCCUCACAGUCGAAAUGGACCAGGGUUUCACCGACGGCGAGACCUACGCACUAGCCGAGCCGUACGUUCGCGGCCUGGGCCAGACGCCGCCUCAGCAUCCCACCACGCUCCUAAAGACCGGCGCGCCCAGUUUCCACCUGGGCGACCAUUCAGCACCGCUGCUCUCCGGACACAGGAGCAAACGGAGCCUCGACCGAACCGGCUUUGUUCCAAAGGACAGCAGUUUCCACAGCAACCCAGCUGGCGAUGGAGCCAGUGUAGACACCGCAGCUGAACAGGCGGCCCCGGCUGGACAGACAGGCGAGUCAUACGCUGCGACGACCAUCAUCAUGCCGUGGGCCCGGGUUACUAGCCCGUCGGUAUUGGUAGGCUUCGAGUAUUAUGCAGUCAAGGAGGGGACGCUAAAACUUGUGGUGUUCCGACCGACGUGCGGCGGCGGCACCUUCUGCCAUUCGUCCGGCACCUGUGACAGCGAGCUCUGCUCGGAUCUCGACCCGGAGACAGUGGCCUGCGAGGCCGGCGAGCCUACACGCCACUGCGACAGUACCGUAUGCCGGUCGCCAUCCGUCUCGCCCCAGCCGACCACCGCGCCUCUGGUGGCGGCUUACGGAAACAGCAGCUCGCCGCUUACCGAGGGGCCCGGCUACACGGCCGUCUACUCGGUAAUCGAGGAGGUAGCUGCCGUGGGCUACGGUAACCUGCUGGUGGAGUCGGGGCUGCAGACGGCUACCUGGCUACAGCCCGGGGAUGUGAUCGGCUACAUCAGCCAGGGAGCCGUCAUCGGAUGGCGACCCACCGGCGAAGGCGAAGAUCCGGAGAUAGGAAUCCAGGGCGGCUCGCUGGCCGACGCGGGCUCAUCCGGCGAGAUGAGGUCCCGUCACUACCUGAGGGCCAUCGUAUCGUCCCCCGUUCAGCUGACCAUCAACCACACGUACGACGUGGUGGGCGCCUACCAGGCGUUCGCCAGGGUGGUGACCACGGGCGACAUUUCGUCCGAGACGAGCGCCGGCCAGGCCAUCGAUGUCCAGGUCCCUAUCACCGGGUUCCGUGUGACUCUGGAUCCGGAGCACGUGACCACCAACAAUAAGACGAACGCCACCGUCUACAUGAAGACGGGAAGCUUUGUCACCAUCACGUUCGACUUCGGAGAGACGCAUCUGGGCGCCAAAAAAGUGGUUAUGGAGUCCGACAUAAUCGAAGACGGCGGCUGGUCGCACAUCUACUGGUACAAGCUGGGUGACCCGGGACCACGCUACGUGCUCAUCACUGCAGAGAACAAGUGGGGUCGGGAGACGUACCGCCACACGUUGUACGUGCAACGGGCUGUCACCGACAAAUGGUACCUGGUGGACAACGCGCCCGUCCUCUGGCCCAUUCCCGGUGACGUCAAUUUCACGGUGGUCUUCCCGGCGGGUGUACCGAUGCCCACCAUGGCCUCUGCCGAGCUGUACACUGGCGACGGGUUUGUGUUCGAGUGGGAGAUUCCCGAGGAGCGCGAGGCAGACGAGAUCUACGAGAUCGGCUUCAACAGGACAUACGAUAGCGAAGGAGGGUACCGCGCCACCCUCCGUAUCUUCAACCUGGCUUCAGAGUUCACGAUGACGAAUCGCGUUCCCGUGUGGGCCGAGAUCAAAAACCUCACAACAUCGGCCUACUAUCUUCCAUUCCUGCCGAUUGGUGGCGAAAUAUAUUCGACUGGCCAUGGUCCCGAGUACAACUCAUUCCCGAUCGAGAGAAAUGUGUCCUUCUUCCUGAACAUGACCCAGGGGAAGGUGUUCCAGUACAUUCUGGAAAUGGACAACGGGACGUUCCUCACGAACUCCUCAACGUCACCCGUCGACUACAUUUUCCCAGAGCCGGGGACGUACUCCGUCAGUCUGUACGGCUGGAACCCGCUGCAGGGAAGGUCUACCCCCAUCAACACGACCGUCAAAGUUCUGGAGUCGGCGGUGAACAUUAUCAUUGACGACUACCUGAUGGUGUCCGAGGCCAAAUCACCCAAGAUGUUCGAGAUCCGCAUGGCCUCGAUCGGCACAUAUGCCUGCCUCAUCUGGAACCCCGGCGACGGCUCCAAGCUGCAUGGCUUCGGUGACCGCGACACGUGCAGCGAUAAGUACGACGAUGGGUCCUAUAUCUACAGUAACGAGAUAAAAAAUCCCAUGCCAAUGACGUGGGUGUACAACCAGAAGGGCGAGUACACGAUGAGCGUGCACGCGUUCAACUUCCUCUCGGAGACGCGCUACGAGCUGCAGUUCACGGUGUCGUCCAUUCCGUGUCGGCCACCGGACCUUAUGAUUCGAGACAACUCCACAGAGUUCUGGAACCCCAAGGAAUUCCUUCGGAAGGAUCCCAUUCAGCUGUUCACCGUUUGUAAUCUCGACUGCAAUGCGUCUCUGGAUACAACCAAAACGUGGUCUGCUAUGAAAAUAAAUGAAUCAUGGGGGACGGAGAUGGAGUCGAUUGAUUUGACAUCUCUCAGCUCGUACCAAAAGUCGUUCCUCUUCUUCCCUGCGCGCUUCUUGGAAUACGGAACCUACAGAGUGGUGUAUCGACUGGAAAUAUCAGGCGAGGGCAUGGAACCCGGCCAGCCGUUCAUCAAGCGCGUGUUCUCGUACAUCCGCGUGAAGCGGUCGCCGCUGGUGGUGACGAUGCUGUCGGGCGGCAGCUCGGUCAUCCAGCGCGGAUACAACCAGAUGGUGGUGCUGGAGCCCGAGCGGUUCUCCAUGGACCCAGACUACCCGGAGGAUAAGAACCUGGACUACUCAUGGUUCUGCCGCCGGUUACCGGACGAGAGCCUGUCGCGCACCAAAGCCGGCUGGUUCCGGCACACGGAACCGCGCCAGAACCCCAUCAUGAACGCCACCGUGGAACUGUACGACUGGGUGUACGACAACGUCACCAAUGCGACGUACGAGGUGGAGCGGCCCGACCUGGGCGGCUGCUUCGGACAGGGACCCGGAAUGCUGAACAUCACCGGCGGCCGGCUGGAGUUGAACACGCUCCAGUUCCGCACCAACAACGUUACCUACGAGAUCAGCGUCCAGAUGCGGAAGGCGGACCGGAGUGACGGACGGAUGGCCACCGGCACCACGCUGGUCGAGGUCGUACCCGGCUCGCCGCCGCUCGUCACCGUCAGGUGUCAGGUGGAGGACAUGUGUCGCGUCACGGAGAGCGGCUCGAUCAUCAACCCGAGCUCACGGGUGGCUCUGGUCGGAUUCUGUGAGGAGCUCUGCGAGGGUGCUCUCCGCUGGAACUGGAGAAUUCUGUACAUACGAAACAAUACAGAGCAUCUGAUCAAGGACGGCGACAAAUACAUCAUCGGCGUCGGCAAACCGUCGGUGGCCAUCAAGAAGUCGCUGUACACAGAUUACUCUGAUGUGGUCGAGUUUAGGGUCAAGCUCCGAGUGAUGCGAGUGUCGGACGGUGAGACCGGCGAGGCCACCAUGUUCCUGCUGCUGAACCAGGCCCCCCUGGGCGGCACGUGCACGGUCACGCCGCCCGAGGGCAGAGUGGUGAACCUGCUGUCCCGCGGCGUCUCCGUCAAGGACUACGACCCAGCCACGGUACUGGCGACGGGCGGAGGCGCGUCAGCCGACAACGGGACCGCUACGGAGUCGGAUCUACCCAUUCCUGGAAGAGCGCUCAUUGAAGAUUGGUACGUUGAAUGCAAGAACUUCAAAGACCCGGAGAAGGACAGGAUCGGCAAAUAUCUAUUCUUCAUAAAACACCCGCUGCAUGAGUUUAUCCGUGUGAUGAAGUUCGGAAAGGAGCGAAAGGACAAGUUUGUGUUCCCAUACGGUGUCUGGGAGCUGUGGCUCACUAUCAACGACAACUACGGCGCCUAUCGAGACGUCUUCAUCGAGACCAUCAUGACCUCUGCGCCCACAAAGGGCGAGUACGCCGCCUGGGAGAUGAAAAAGGACAUCCCACGUGCGAUGGGUGAGGGCGACCAGCCGCGACUCAGCCAGCUCCUGAUGGCCAGGUCGUCCAUGCAGGACAUCGAGCUGCCCGACGACCCGACGGAAGCCACCACCACUCCGGCUUACGAGUAUUACGAUGAGUCCGUCGAGACAGAGACCAUGGAUCCCGAUGAGCUGCUGGAGAUCCAGGCAGAACAGGAGAGACAGAGGCUCGACGCGCUCAACAGCAAGGCGUCCGAGAACCGUCAGAUGCUGGGUCAGCUGGAUAACCUGAACCAGAACACGCUGGACGACUGCACCAUGGUGCUGGGCGCCACAGCAGCCAUCGUCGGCGACGGGAAGGCCGUCGACUCGACAGCCAAGGACCUGGCCAUCGACGCGAUCGGCGGAAAAUGUCUGCAGGAUGUGCUGCUCAAUUCGACCAUCAACGACCCGAAAGAGGCGGCCGGAAUGGCCACCAGCAGCCUGGGAUCCGUCACAGCCGUCGGCAAGGGUAUCGAUAACACCAAUCUGGACGGAGCAGUCGUGCCGUCGGACGUGGUAGAGGCUAGGCGGCGGAGGAGCACCGAUUACCCCGAGUACGAGGUGUGUGAGGAGGGUGAGGAGCCGCCGCCGCCCGAUCCUGAAGACCCGGAUGCCCCCACCUGCAAGACGCCCACGCAGCUGGCAGUCAUGGACCUGAAGCGGAAGGCGGCGCGUCAGGUGCCCACGAUGAUGGAGUCGGUGAAGCAGCUGCAGGAGAAACUGAUGUCGAUCGUGCUGCCCGGGGAGGACCCGUUCACCCUGAGGACCCCCGACGGACUUGAGAUGUCGCUCGUCAUGAUGGAGGGCUGGGCACUGGACGGUUACCGAAUGCGGCUGGGAGAGGCCGAGUACCAGUUCCCCAGUCUGUGCGCCAUCCUGCAUGAGGAGUCCAACUGCAGCGCUGCCUACAACAUGACUGUCGGCCUGCAGACCAUCAACUGGCCCACGCUGCUCUAUUCAUACGGCGAUGGUACGGAGGCGGUCAGUCGCGACUCGUCCAACCUGCAGCUGAAACUGGUCCAGCAGCUGCCGGGUACAAAUGAGCUCGAACAGGUGCCCGUGUACGACCUGCCCAGCCACCAGCGGGUGCGCAUCACCGUACCGCGAGGGAAGCAGGGAGAGAAACCCGUGCUGCCAGACCCGACGUUCGUGGAGCCGCAGCCGAAUGACCGGGAGUUCAUGGUGUACCACUCGUUCAACGUCACCCACCCGUACGUGGCCAUCAACGUGGAGGUGUCCGUGUCGCGACCGGACGCCCAGCUGGUGGUGUUCCUGAAGCGCGGCAACAAGCCCAACCUGACGCACUACGACUGGGUGUGGAAGGUGCAGCUGCCGGAAAACUUCACCGUGGAGGUAUCGCAAGAGCCAAUGGAAGAGCCGAUACCGAUUACGACUGCCGUCCCCAUGACAACGGUGCAAGUGCCGUUUUGCGAAGAACUGGAGGGUAUCAAUGCCACCAGAGGAACAAAUCAAACGUGCAUUCCUGGAGGAACAACCGAACCUCCCAUCAUCUGUGCCGAGGACCUCAUAACCACCGAACCCACAACGGCGGGACAAACCAUGGAAACCACCAUGUCACAGCUGAGCAUUGGCGACGGCGGCAGUGUCACAGAAGGCACAGUCGGUUCGGAGAUCAACACAACAACACCGGACGGACGCGUGUGUACCCCGGUGGUGGUGACAGCGACACCGCCCGACGGCGCAGCGCCCGAGCCGCGUCCCGUCGAGCCCACCAACUACAUAUCAGAAUAUGUCCGGCUCAGAGUCGUGCCGAACCGCGCGCUGGAGCCGUACGACCCGUACGGUAACGACUCGCUACUGUACUCCUUCCCGCUGUACGACAUCUUCAUACCCGACUGGUACGUGGACAACAUGACUGGUGAAUACUGGAUCGGCGUGGCCGAGUUCUCCAACACCACUGACGACGAGGAAUUCUUCGACGACCCGUUGUCAGUGAACCUGACCAUGUCUAACAUGACGCGGGUGUAUUCGACAAACUACACUGUACGGGUGUACACCUCGAGCUGCCUGUUCUACAACACGCUCAGUGACUCAUGGGACAGCGACGGGUGCACGGUGAUUGACGCCAACCAUAAGGCGACCAUGUGUACCUGCAACCAUCUGACUUCCUUCGGCUCAGGGUUCUUCGUAAUGCCCAACGCCAUCGACUUUGACUACGUGUUCGCUAAUGCAGGUUUUAUGGAUAACCUAUCGAUAUAUCUCACGCUGAUUAUCUCCUUCGCUAUCUACCUGAUUUUGAUGUUCUGGGCGAGAUGGAAGGAUAAGAAGGAUCUUCAGCAGAUUGGAGCCACGCCGCUGCCCGACAACCAUCCGAGCCAUAAGUAUCUAUACGAAAUCCUCAUCAUCACGGGCAGCAAAACCAACUCGGAGUGCGACAGCAAGGUGCAGUUCAUCCUGUCGGGCGAGCGGGACGAGACGGACGUGCGCACGCUGGCCGACCCGCAGCGUCCGAUCCUGCGCCGCUCGGCCACCGACAGUUUCGUGAUGGCCACGCCGCGUCCGCUGGGCCAGCUGAGCUACCUGCGCAUCUGGCACGACAACUCUGGCAAGGGCGGCGCCGCCUCCUGGUACCUCAACUUCAUGGUGGUGCGCGACGUGCAGACCGGAGAGAAGUGGCAGUUUAUCGCCAACAAGUGGUUCGCCGUGGAGGAGGGAGACGGACAGAUCGACCGUCUGCUGGCGGUGGCCGGCCGGGAGCAGAUGCUGCAGUUCCAGCACCUCUUCAACACCAGCUCCCGGAAGAACCUGUCCGACGGCCACCUGUGGUUCUCGGUGUUCAUGCGGCCGCCGCGCAGCCGGUUCACGCGCGUGCAGCGGGUCUCGGCCUGCAUGGCGCUGCUGUACCUCUCAAUGCUGGUGAACGCCAUGUGGUACGGCCUGGUGCCGCAGCAGCCGGGCACCGGCUCCAUCUCCUUCGGACCGUUCUCGCUUAGUCCGGAGCAGAUCGGGGUCGGCGUCAUGGCCAACCUGAUCGUGUUCCCGCCGUCGUUCCUCAUCGUGCUGCUCUUCAGAAAGUCGCGACCGCGGCGCCUCCACGAGAAUCGCGUCGAACAGGCCGUCAAAAAACAAAGAGAGGAACAGAUAAAAUCUGGGAAGUUCCAGGAUGAGCCGGCGAGGGCCAAAACGGCGAAAAGGACCGAAGACCCCUCAGAAAAUGGCGAAGAUGAUGAAGAUUCUAUGAGACCUUCUGCAAAAGCUCAGCCUAAAAAGAAACCCUUCUCCUUCCCAUGGUGGUGCGUGUACAUCGCCUGGUUCCUGACGUUCGCCAGCAUGGGCGCCAGCAUCUUCUUCCUCUGGGCGUACGGCAUCACGUUCGGCAACGAGAAGACCACCAAGUGGCUGACCUCGCUGAUGAUCUCGUUCAUCUCGUCCGUGCUGCUGACACAGCCCAUCAAGGUGCUCCUCACGGCGAUGUUUGUAUCGGCCGUCUGUAAGAAGCUCGACGACGGCCAUGACGAUAUUGAUGACGACGAAAAGGACCCAGAGCUACAGCCGGAUGAGGAGUGGAUGCACGUGCCACGUAAGAAGAACACCGACCGUAAGGUGAAGUACCAGCCGGUGGACCCGGCCAAGAUCGAGGCCGCCAAGCGGGAGCGACAGAAGGAGAUAAAAAUGUGGGACAUCCUGCAGGAAAUGGCCGCCUACGCCUUCUUCCUGUGGGUGCUGCUCACCAUCAGCUACGGCACGCGCGACCCCAACUGUUACCUGAUCCGAGAGUCGCUGGAGAAUCACUUCCUGCAGCCCAACGACUUCAUGCUAUCAUUUAAUGCGGUUCGAAACACGAGCCGUUUCUGGAAUUGGACUCGCUCGGUGAUGGUUCCCCAGCUGAAAAUCGACACAGACUACUCGGGACAAAAACCACGUGGCAAGGAGAAGAACCUCAUCAGCGACAGAGUCCAUCUGUUGCUAGGCAACGGGGUGAUGCGACAGGUCCGCAUCAGAGAGGAGAACACAUGCCGCGUACCUAAGGUGAUGCGGAACCUCACCCGCGAGUGCCACAAGUUCAGCAACUUGUUAUACGAGGAGAGCGGCGACUUUGGCCUGGGCUGGAACGCCUCUCUGGCCCACCGGCGACCGUUCAACCUGAAGGAGUACCGUCACAGGAGCGCCUCCAGCCUGGACUCGUACCCGUUCUGGGGAGACCUCGGCUGGUACGGCGGCGGAGGCUACGUCGUGGAGCUGAAGGGCAGUCGAGCUCGUCUUAUCAGCGAAAUGUGGCGGCUCCAGGAACAGCAGUGGAUUGACGAAAAGACCCGUGCCGUGUUCAUCGAGUUCUCGCUGUUCAACGCCCAGGUCAACCUGUUCGUCGGCUGCACAAUUGUCGCAGAGUUCGGACCGGAUGGCGGAAUAAUCCCAUUCUUCAAGUUCCAGCCGGUUCGUCUCCAAACUUAUAACUCUGGCUUCGGACUGUUUGUACUCAUUUGUGAUGUAACUUUUGUCAUCUUCAUUAUUUACUACACCGUGCGAGAGGUCAAGAGAGCGAAGAAGCAAAAGGGUCAAUAUCUGAACGACCCUUGGAACUACCUUGAACUAACGGUCAUCACUUUGGGGUACACCUCUGUUGUAUUCUACCUCUAUAGACUGUUUAUGGCGAAUCGAAUCAUGGACACAUUCAAGGAAACUCGCGGAAGAGGCUACAUUAAACUGCAAUUCGUCAACUACCUAGACGAGACCUUUGGAUACAUCAUAGGUUUCUUGGUCUUCUUUGGCACACUGAAGUUCAUCAAGCUUCUGAGGUUCAACAAGCGGAUGGGCUUCCUCACUUCGACAUUGAAACAGUGCGCUGGAGACCUAGUGGGAUUCAUUGUCGUCUUCGUAGUGAUUUUCGUGGCCUUCAGCAGCACCUUCUUCCUGCUGCUCGGAUCGAUGAUGGCCGACUUCACAAACAUUAUCGCCAGCGUGGAGGCUUCAUUCGCCAUGAUGCUGGGAAAGUUCGACUUCAUGGGGAUCUCGGCAGCCAACCGGGUCCUGGGUCCACUCAUGCUCUUCACCUUCACAAUCUCUAUGACGUGUAUCUUCAUCAAUAUCUUCCUGACGGUCAUCAUUAAAAGCUUCCAGGAGGUAAAACUGGAUCUGAUGAAGCAGGGUAACGAGUACGAGGUGAUCGAAUUCCUGGUGAACCGCAUGAAGCUGAUGACCGGUAUCGGAAAACCAAAACUGAACAACGUCGGGCCCCUGGCGCCUACUUCGACAGAUGAAUCGAAAAAGGAUCCGUCCAACCAGUUUCCCGAAAAGGUUGACCAGCUGCUGAACCACGUCAACGAUUUCUACUUUGAAGGGAAGAUGGACCUCAACAAUAAGUCGUGGCUGAAGAAAACUAUCAAAAUGGAGAAACAAGGUGCCAGCGAAUGAAUUCGGCAAUGAGGCUCAACAAGUGAGGAGCGUCGGCACUCGGCCUACAACAGAAUAUGACCGGAGAUCGAUAACACGGAAAAGGAACUGAGAAACACGCAUGACUAGGCUCGACUCGGUGAAAGCGGACAACGUGUGUAUUUGUGUCUUUUGUUUAGCAUCAUACCAUGUAAUCGAUACAAGUCAGAUGCAUAGAAUUCGCGUGUAGUUGGAAUCUAAUUCUACAUAAAUAUGUUUCCAGCGCUUUUGUUUGGUAUUACCA